UCUUUGCAGCGGAUGAAGGCAGCAAAAUGUCCCUCAGACGAGCUUGCCAUUACAAACUGUGCUCUUAUCAACCCAGAUGACUUCAAUAGUGAUGUCAAGCACAUUGAAGUAUCAACUGGACCAUCACAGCACUUUGUGUUCAGUAUUAGGUUCUACAGUGGUGUAGACCGUGGCACUGUUGGAUUCUCUGCUCCACAGAGAAAAUGGGCCACUCUCUCUAUUGGUCAGCCAAUCGAUGUAAAGCCUUUCAAGGCUCAAAACGCAGAGUGCUUGUGCAGUGUGACCUUAGAGGCAGACUUCAUGCUGAAGAAAACAACAUCCAUGGAGCCUUACGAUUCGGAGCAAAUGGCUCGCGACUUUUUGAUCCAGUUCUCCAAUCAGAUCUUCACAGUUGGUCAGCAGUUGGCCUUCUCAUUCCAAGAGAAGAAGGUCCUGUCCCUCAUUGUGAAGAAUUUGGAAGCCGUUGAUGUCCAAGCUUUGGCCGCUGGAGCUAACGCAGUACCUCGUCGUGUCAGGAUGGGCCGACUCCUACCUGAUGGCGCCAUUCAAUUCGACAAAGCUGAAAAUUCUUCCCUCAACUUAAUCGGAAAGGCUAAAGGGAAACAACCACGUCAAUCCAUCAUUAAUCCUGACUGGGACUUCGGCAAGAUGGGCAUCGGUGGUCUGGACAGGGAGUUCAAUGCUAUCUUCCGACGUGCCUUCGCAUCUCGAGUGUUCCCUCCUGAAGUCGUAGAGCAAUUAGGUUGCAAGCACGUCAAGGGUAUCCUACUAUACGGUCCACCUGGUACCGGUAAGACUCUCAUGGCCCGUCAAAUUGGUAAAAUGUUGAAUGCACGCGAACCCAAGAUUGUUAACGGUCCGCAAAUCUUGGACAAAUACGUUGGUGAGAGUGAAGCCAACAUUCGUAGAUUGUUCGCUGAUGCCGAAGAAGAGGAGAAGAGGUGUGGACCAAACAGUGGUCUCCACAUUAUCAUCUUUGACGAAAUCGAUGCUAUUUGCAAAGCAAGAGGAUCGGUCGGAGGCAAUACUGGAGUCCAUGAUACCGUCGUGAAUCAACUGCUGUCCAAGAUUGAUGGUGUCGAUCAACUAAACAACAUCUUGGUUAUCGGUAUGACGAAUCGUCGUGACAUGAUUGACGAGGCGUUGAUGCGACCCGGUCGUCUUGAGGUUCAGAUGGAGAUCGGUCUACCGGACGAGAACGGUCGCGUACAAAUUCUCAAUAUUCAUACAAAACGUAUGAAGGAAUACAAGAAGAUCGCUGAAGAUGUUGAUUCCAAGGAACUCGCAGCCCUAACAAAGAACUUCUCCGGCGCUGAAUUAGAAGGUUUAGUCCGCGCCGCUCAGUCCACCGCAAUGAACCGUUUGAUCAAAGCGUCAAGCAAAGUGGAGGUCGACCCAGAAGCUAUGGAGAAACUCAUGGUUGAACGUGGUGACUUCUUACAUGCACUUGAGAACGAUAUCAAACCGGCCUUCGGGACUGCGGCCGAAGCUUUGGAACAUUUCCUGAGCCGUGGCAUCAUCAACUGGGGCUCUCCUGUGUCAUCCUUGCUUGAAGAUGGACAGCUUUACAUUCAACAAGCAAGGGCUACUGAAGCUAGCGGUCUAGUAUCAGUACUGUUGGAAGGUCCACCAAACAGCGGUAAGACCGCAUUAGCCGCCGAACUUGCCAAGUUGUCAGACUUCCCAUUCGUGAAGGUCUGCUCGCCUGAAGACAUGGUCGGAUUCACGGAGUCCUCCAAGUGUCUUCAGAUCAGAAAGUACUUCGACGACGCCUACCGUUCAAGUCUGUCCUGUAUCCUAGUGGACAAUAUUGAGCGUCUACUGGACUACGGUCCCAUUGGUCCGCGCUACUCCAACUUGACGCUGCAAGCGUUACUCGUUUUGUUGAAGAAACAACCGCCCAAGGGAAGGAAACUGCUCAUUCUUUGCACUAGCAGUCGAAGACAAGUAUUGGAAGACAUGGAGAUGCUGUCGGCAUUCACAGGCGUGCUCCACGUUCCCAACCUGUCUCAGCCGGAACAUGUCAUGUCAGUACUUGAAGAGAGCGACGCUUUCUCCAAGAAGGAUCUGCUCAAGAUCCAACAGGAUAUCCGUGGAGCUAGAAUCUUCAUUGGCAUCAAGAAGCUGCUAGCGCUAAUCGACAUGGUGAAGCAAACGGACGAGGAGUACAGAGUGUUCAAGUUCCUCACGAAGAUGCAGGAGGAGGGCGGACUGGACCUGGGCACCAAUGUACAAUAA